AUGCAUUAUUAUACUAAGCCAACACCAGCAGUAAUAGCAGAAGCAGCUCCUCCAUCUCGACUGAGUCAUUGGUCAAACAUCAUGACAAAGCUCAGGAAGCUCAAUCGUCCUACAGGUCAUCGAAUCUCCAUGCUCAGGACCAUGGUCUCUCAGUUGGUGAAGCAUGAACGAAUAGAAACUACUGCUGCCAAGGCCAAAGAAGUCCGCCGUCUUGCUGAUAACAUGGUGCAGCUUGGUAAAGAGGGUACCCUUUGUGCUGCCAGGCGUGCUGCUGCCUUUGUGCGAGGGGAUGAUGUCAUUCACAAACUAUUUACAGAGCUGGCUUACCGAUACAAAGAUAGGGCAGGAGGAUAUACAAGAGUACUUAGAACUCGUAUAAGAGUUGGUGAUGCUGCACCAAUGGCACAUAUAGAGUUUAUAGAUAGGGAGAAUGAGCUUAGGCAGUCGAAACCCCCAGCUCCACAACCACCUCAAAGGCCAGCAUUGGAUCCAUGGACAAGAUCUCAGCUUAGCAGGAGUUUUGCACCUCCUAAAGAUGUACGCAUUGCUGAGUAUAACAAUGUUCGCAGUCAACUCAAUGCAAUUAACAUAAAGCAGACUGGAAGCUUAGCUGUUUGUGAUCUGUCCAAUUUAGUGGCACCAGAGGAUCUUGUGACUUCAGAACAUUUGGUCACUCUCAUUGCUGUUGUCCCCAAGUUUUCACAGAAGGAUUGGUUGUCAAGUUAUGAGACACUGACCACUUAUGUGGUCCCCAGAUCCUCCAAGAACUUACAUGAGGACAAUGAGUAUGCUAUCUAUACUGUGACAUUAUUCGUGCGUGAUGCUGACAAUUUUCGAACCAAGGCACGCGAAAGAGGGUUUCAAAUUCGCGAUUUUGAAUAUAAUUCAGAAACUCAAGAGAGUCGAAAGCAGGAGCUUGAAAAACUGAUUGAAGACCAGGAAUCCCUGAGAAACUCUCUUUUGAAUUGGUGUUAUACAAGUUAUGGGGAGGUUUUCACUUCCUGGAUGCACUUUUGUGUUGUACGUUUGUUUGCUGAGAGCAUUUUGAGAUACGGAUUGCCACCUUCAUUUCUGUCUGUUGUGCUGUCACCAUCGGUCAAGAGUGAGAAGAAAGUAGGUUCCAUCCUUGAAACUCUAUGCAGCAGUUCAAACAGCACGUUCUGGAAAACAGAAGAUGAUGGAGGAAUGGGCAGCUUGGGUGGUGAUGCUGACACUCAUCCUUAUGUCUCCUUCACCAUUAAUCUUAUAUGAGCCUUGUGUUGUCACCAGUCUUUCUCGGUUUCAACUCAAUAAUCUCUUCUGUAUUUUAAGCUGUAUUAAUUCACUCAUGAGUUUUGCUUCAUCCCGACCCUAUUUUUUUUUUAUUGUUAAUUGUUUUAGGAAGAUGCGAAACGGGCACCCGGUUAUCCG